AUGCACGAGAAGAAGUUCUGGUUCGGUAAUGUUCUUGCGCGGAACUUCGACCGAGAAAGUUGUAUACUUACAAUAAAUUACAAUAUUAACGGAAAGUCGUGGUCAAUAGACUUGAAAGAAAAAAUCCUAGACUUCAGCUGUUCACAUAACUAUGUUACUGUGGCAACUACGAAUAGCAUUCAUGUCUUACGCUUAGAUUUUCCAAGACUUGCAUAUCGAUGCGAGAAAGACAACUUAGUUUUCAUACGGUAUUCCCCACUCUUUGUUAAUGAAUCCAGUGAAGUCCGCGAGGAAGUUCCUUGGUCUCCUGAAGGAACUCUAUUAACCUCCACUUCCAGAGCCACGUACUUGGUUACUUCUGAUAGUUCGAGUAGUGUGAUAAAAAGACUUUUCUUCGAUGCAGAACUGGCAGAAUAUGGAAUAUUCAAUGUUUCCCUCGUUCAGUUCCCAUACGAUUCCUCAAUACUAUCAAUCGCAUCUGGUCAUGAUCACACUCUCUUGCUCACUAACGAGGGCACGCUCUUUAGUUUUGGUACAGGAAAUCAUGGUGAGCUAGGAUUGUUAGAUACGUUGUCUAUUUCUGAACCCACAAUCGUGUAUGCUUUCGAAGGUCUAAGAAUUAAAAAAAUUGCUGCAGGUGGAUGGCAUUCUCUUGCUUUGACUGACUCUAACGACGUUUAUGUUUGGGGAUGGAACAUCAAAGGACAGUUAGGAGAUGAAGUCGAGGAUAUAGAGUCUUUGCCAGCACCCUUAAGUAUCGAUCAUGAAGUUAUCGAUAUUGAAGCCCGUGAAUGUUAUACUCAAAUAACGAUCAGAAACGAAAAUGGUGCUACCUCAGUGUUGACUUAUGGAAUAGAUAUCUCUUUCUAA